CCUGACACUGGGAACUUUAAGACAUGUGACACUAGACUUGACCCACGUGAGAUUUUUUUUGUCUCAGUUUGGGCUGAGCUCUUUCACAGUACUCUAGCAGUUCCACUGGAAGACAUCUUCUUCUUCUUCUGCUCUAAGCGAGAUCACGCAGUGGACAGCACCAUCUCAUCAGACGGUCCUAGGCUGCCAUCUGGUGCGAGAUCACGCAGUGGACAGCACCAUCUCAUCAGACGGUCCUAGGCUGCCAUCUGGUGCGAGAUCACGCAGUGGACAGCACCAUCUCAUCAGACGGUCCUAGGCUGCCAUCUGGUGCGAGACGACACAGUGGACAGAACCAUCUCCUCAGACGGUCCUAUGCUGCCAUCUGGUGAUGCACGGAGCAGACAGCGCUUUCAUGCAUGCAAACACGGGACAGGCUGAAGAGGAUACGGAUGAUGCUUAGAAACGGAUACUCCAGCUGAGGUUGGGCCAUACACAUGAGCAAAGUGACACGGAGCAGGACAGCCAUACAUUCAACCUCUGGGAGAGUGAAAAGCAUUCUGGGACACACAGUUUUUUGGAUUACAUGAGUUAGAUCGGACCAGUGUAACAAACCUUUAACAAACCUUCUCAGUUCAUAGGUGACCAGGCUAGAAUGUAAUUCUCCUGGGACUCCAUUCUCUUGAACUGUCACCAUCAAGGUCAUAGCCUUGGCAGUGUAAUCAAAAGCACGGGACGCUAUUUCGCUUUAUCUCUGAGGAGGGGUUGGGGCCUAUAUAAGAUUAGUUACCAGGCUUUGAUCAAGUCCAGUGCAACUGAACAGUUUCGAGGCUGUGAACAUAAUGGCUCGUAAUUCCUACAGAGAUAAUUACUACCAGUGUCACAACAGAGAUGAAGGAUCUGACAGUUAUCCAGGGUGGAGAGAAUCAACACCCACUCCAGAGCGAAACCAAAGGUUGAGGUUGGAGACUGAAGGUGUAGCUAGGCAUAGCAAGUCUGGCAUCAACAACCGAGACUCGUCUGCUGGGCAAAACAAUGUUGGGUACCAGGGAAAAAAAGGAGCCUUCUGUGAUAGAUCUCAGUUUCAGGCCAAUAGACCCAGGUUUCAGCCAGACCGGUUAUCACUCAAGACAGGUGAAUGCCAGGCUAGACAAAACAGUGACAAGCGAGCACCAAGGGAUCGUGCUCCUCCAUAUGGUGCACAAGUGAACUUCCGUAAACGUGAAGGGUGUAUUACACCCUCCGAAGGGCAACCCAAAAGCUGCUGGACAUCUGAUACAUAUGCCGAUGACCUGACUUGGUCUCCAAACAGCUACCAGUCACAGUCGAGAGGCGGUGGCUACUGUUCCCGGACCACACGACGCGGUCGCUCUCAGGGCACACGUGGCGACCACUCUCAGGGCACACGUGGCCGCCACUCUCGGGGCACACGUGCCUGCCACUCUCAGGGUACCCGUGGCGGCCACUCUAAGGGCACACGUGGCGGUCGCUCUCAGCGUCCACGAUGCGGCCGCUCUCAGCGCGCACGAGGCAGUCCAGGUGGCAACAAUGAGAGUCCUGUAUGUGACUUAACCAGGAGAGGGCAUGAACCCUUCACCAGGGAUUCUGUGAACCGCAAGCGCAAGAAUGUUGACAAGGCCCGCCAAGAGGCAAAGCGUAGCAGAUACGAUAAGCCUAACGAGACGAGAAGAGGAUCUGCAGCAGACCGUACCGGGGAUACAUCGAUUGACAUGUCCAGAAAGCAGUCUAGGUCUCCCUAUAAAAAUGCGAGUCGCAUGAAACAGCCUGAUGACAAUCCCAGUGAUGGCGAACUUCUUGGCACGCCUGGUGUGUCCAAGUUGCCACGUGAAGCCAAGCUUGCAUCUGAGGAACCUACUCGUGACGAACCCGAGAGCCGGUCCGGGCCUGUGUCUACAGAUGAAGAAGGCCUUGCACGUGGCACGGAGGUUGCAAGUGUUGUACACGUUGUCCGUGACCGUAAAAAACAGAAAUCCCUGUGUGUUAACAAGCUGAAAUUGCCCAAAGACAAGCCUGAGGGGCAGUCAGGAUGCGAACAGUCUCAGGUCACAAGUCGCAAGAAAGUGAAAUCUGCAGGUGCCAUGUCCAAGGGAAAGCGCAAACCCAUCAACCGCAAGCAUGUUAGUGUUGCCAAGACCAGCGGAGGGUUAAAGAGGAGGAAAGAUUAUAACAAUGCGGGCCCACAUAAGCCUGAAUCACAUACGCCUAUCAAGAGGGGAGCGAAGAGAUCCGCAGAGGACCACACAGAGAACAGGUCAGUCGACAUGUCCAACCAGCAAUGUAAAUCUCGACCCGUUCCUGAUAAACCCCGCAGCAGAGCUCUGCAGCUGGAGAACAGCAGCUCCGAUAAUGACUGCUUUGUUGUCGAUGAUGAUAGCAACGCAGCCCCACGUAAGCCUGGAUCACAUAGCCCCAUCAAGGGGACAGUGGAGGGAUCUGCAGAGAACCACACCGAGAACACCUCGGCCACUGGGAAUCUCGUGAGCAGAAGAACCUGGUCACGGUUGAAUAACAACAUUGAUAGUUACGACGACGAAAGCGACAGCCCACGCCCUGGCCGUGCCACCAGCUCUGAUAGGGAUGAUCGAAGGUCAACCGAACGCUCCCGAGAAUCCCAGGAAUCGCCCGAUGGCAAGAACACUACGCUUGACGUACCCGAUACGCGAUCUAUACAUGUGUCUACGGACGGUGUAGGCAAUGCUCCUCACACGGAGGUUGUCUCUAGUGAUAAACAGGAGAGUGUUGACAGUGAGGAACAGAACGACCAGUCUGACGCACCUCCGUCGGCCAAACGCACCCAAGGAUCCCAGGAAUUGCCCGAUGGCAAGAACACUACGCUUGACGUACCCAAUACGCGGUCUAUGUAUGUGUCUACGGACGGCGUUGGCAAUGCGCCUCAAGCGGAGGUUGUCUCUAGUGAUAAACAGGAGAGUGUUGACAGUGAGGAACAGAACGACCAGUCUGACGCACCUCCGUCGGCCAAACGCACCCAAGGAUCCCAGGAAUUGCCCGAUGGCAAGAACACUACGCUUGACGUACCCGAUACGCGAUCUAUACAUGUGUCUACGGACGGUGUAGGCAAUGCUCCUCACACGGAGGUUGUCUCUAGUGAUAAACAGGAGAGUGUUGACAGUGAGGAACAGAACGACCAGUCUGACGCACCUCCGUCGGCCAAACGCACCCAAGGAUCCCAGGAAUUGCCCGAUGGCAAGAACACUACGCUUGACGUACCCAAUACGCGGUCUAUGUAUGUGUCUACGGACGGCGUUGGCAAUGCGCCUCAAGCGAUGGUUGUCACUGAUGCUGAAGAGGAGGUUCUUGAGGGUGAGAAACAGGACGUCCUGGUUUCAAACCAGUUGCAAGAACGUGACAGGCAUCAACCUUCCUCUGAUCCAGCUCAGAAUUAUCCCCAUUGCAACACAUCAACUGCCGAAAUCAUUCACACGCAUCUACACGCCACCGAUCAAGGGACUGUGGUCUGCCAGCAGGAACAGCUACACCAUCUGCAAGGGCAGCAAGGCCCUCACCUACAGGAGCCCAAGACACCUGUGGUAUUGCAGGCACAAGAGUGGCAUCAGCAGCAGUACUCACAAGGGCUGCAACAGCAACAGUACUCACAAGAGCUGCAACAGCAACAGUACUCACAAGAGCUGCAACAGCAGCAGUACUCGCAAUGGCAGCAAAAGCCUUAUCCGCAAGAUCUCCAAACACCUGUGGUCCUGCAGCCACAAGGGCUGCAACAGCAGCAGUACUCACAAGGGCAGCAACAGCAGCAGUACUCGCAAUGGCAGCAAAAGCCUUAUCCGCAAGAUCCCCAAACACCUAUGGUCCUGCAGCCACAAGGGGAGCAACAGCAGCAGCAAGGGUCUACAUCAAACCCAGGAUUCAUUGACACUCAUAAGAUGUUAGAGGGCUUGAAUCCUGUAAUCCACCGUCAAGAGAGCCUGUACCAUCUGCAAUCACAUGCCCCCCAAGGCUUUUGUCUGCCACAGCUAAUGCCAAUCACCACACCAGCACAAUGUGAACCGGAUAUAAGCUAUCAAGAACCCUCACCGAAUCUAUCACAAGAGCAUGGAGACGGGGGGACAGAGGACUUUGACAUGCUGCUGAUUGCUGUGAAGCAGUCGGUCUUGUGUUCCACAUGUAAGACUAUGUUCAACAGGGCCAUUGUAUGCGAUGGAUACCUGAUUGAGCUCAACAGGGCCAUACAAUGUGAGUGCCAUUGUGUGACCUGCACACUCUGUUACCGUAAAGGUAAACCUUGUAGACUGUGCAGACUUAAACCAAAAAACGGUCUUGUGAGUACCAUCGCAAACACCCUCACCAGUUGCCCUGUUCUGGACAAGAUAGGAGAUUGGGACUUGGGGCUCGAUGACACUGACCCUUUCAAAACCGAAAACGAAAUCAACGAAUGUGUGCGGCAGAUCCUUACUCAGGACCAGCCUCCCAGUGCUGAGGACCUGGACCGAGCAUUCGAAACCCUCAUCCAAGAUGGAAAUGAUACUAUGACCUUCAAGUACUGGCCAAACAAACCUAUGCCACUGCACGUGGCCAACAAAUACGUGUGCAUCCCUCACGUACCCGGGUUCUGGGACCAUGUUAUUGUGGCAACCCACGCUCCACACACAAUGGAGGAUUUGAUCGGCCCCGAUGUCUUCCUGCCAAAGUUGUUUGGUGUGGAACUCGGUUGCUACAGGUUUCACUGGUGCUGCUUGGUGUUGAAGAAACAGAUGGUCUUGUCUGUGUGGUGCACUGAUGAGCCUGGCAAUGGACAACCAAGAGUUAUCCCUAUUGUUGAAAAUGAUCUGAGAAGCUAUACAGAUUCUCCAAAGUUCACAGACAUGGUGUUCUAUCUCCGUGAGUGGUUUACAGCUCAGUACACAUCCCCAUCCAGGGAACUCAAUAUGGUAUUGGAUUGUAAGCCUUCACAAGGUUCUACCUUUGUUCAUUUCAUAGCAUACUUGGCUUCUAAGAUUGGAAUGAGAUGUGUGACCCCUAAUGUCUCCCAGGUCAAGACCAAACAUGAUAUGAAUUACCAUCUGAACCUCAAGGCUGCAGACCACAUAUUCGCUGAACCAAGUGUUUCAGGUUAUUGUUUAAAUAUUGUUGACGAGUUUGCCCAUCGUAACAACACGAAGGCUGUCUCUGUCAGCGUGCAGUGUGUUUACACAUGCACCGAGAAAUACUCUGUCAUGUAAAGGUUCUUGGACUUGGUCGUGUCACGGUAAGAGCUGUACAGUAAUCUUGAUCACACUGCACAGUGUACUUUGUGCCUGCACCUUUGAUCAGGUGCAGCAACGUGUCUAUGGACCACAUUGUAUGUUAACCCAGUUAUUACUUUUGUUAUGAUGACAUGUUUCUAGCUACAGUGGUAUGUAUUAGAUGUCUAGGGUCCAUACACUGUUGCAUUUCUAUUGAUUUCUUUUCUGUAAUUCACUUUUGCAAAUUAAACC